AUGAUCAAUUUGAGGAGUGAGACUACUGAUGAAGGUCCCAAGAUGUCUGUGAAGGAGAUCCCGCCACCAGCUGUAGAGCAGGAAACUGUUGCAAUCAUUGCUGAGGUUACUGAAAAGAAGAAAUAUGAGGGAACAGAGAAAGAGAGGGUGAAAGAGCAGUUCUCUAAGUUUUUAGAGAUUUUCAGGAAGGUUAAUAUCAACAUACCGUUGGUGGAGGCGUUGCAGAAGAUGCCGCUGUAUGCUAAAUUCCUCAAAGAGAUAGUUUCGCGCAAGAAUAAAUUGGGGAAAUUUGAGACUCGAUUCGGGAAGGCACUCUGUGAUCUUGGAGCUAGCAUAAAUCUCAUGCCUUUAUCCAUCUUUAAGAGAUUGGCCAUUGGAGUGUUGAAGCCUACAUCCAUGAUGCUGCAGAUGGCAGAUAGGUCAGUCACUUAUCCACGCAGAAUUGUGGAGGACGUACUUGUGAAGGACGGUAAUAAAAUUCCGCUAAUUUUGGGUCGGUCGUUCCUUGCAACGGGAAGAGCUUUGAUUGAUGUGGAGAAAAGAGAACUCACGCUACGAGUAAAAGAUGAAAGCCAAAAGUUCUCUGUCUAUAGACCAUGCCGCAUCCAUGAGGAUGAAGUGCCCAAGAAAGUUAAAGGUCCGGGAAAGGACCCAGCCGAGCUGAAAUUUUGGGGAAGAGACAUGGCUGGCAAAGAUGGAGCUGAGCGUCGCAGCACUGCUUGUACCAGCCUCCUUGAGGAGAUUAUUUUCUCAUCGAGCUAUUGA